CAAUGUAUGUAGUCGCGUGGCGUGUUUCUAAACUUCUUGUGCUUUGUUGAAGUGCAUUUUAGCGUUUAAACUCUUGUAUUGUGGGCAAAAUGGAAAUCAACAAACAAUCAUCUGUCGCUGACAUUAUUCUUUUUUUGAAAAACAACAAAUUGGAUGAAAUUGUCGAAGAUUUUAAAGGUAUUGUCUCAUCCUGAAAUGUAGGUCGCAUGUGUGAGGGUUGUUGUCUGGUGCAUAAAUCUAGUGUAGAAAAUAAUUCAAAAUUAGAUUUAUAGAUGACUUGCCUUGUUUACGUUUUGCUAGCAGGCAGAUUUGCUCGAGCGCUUUUAGAGAAUACCAACAGCAAUAACGUAAUUUCAUUGACGUUUUGCUUCUUAUAUUUUUAAAGCUAAUCAAGUCGACGGCGAGGAUUUUUUCAAUUUAGAGCCACAUGAUAUUUAUCAGACGAUUCCUCGAAUAAAACUUCACAAGAAGUUUAUGAAGGAACGAUGGAAUAAAACUUCGUAAGACAUGAAGGAACGAUGGGAAUUUGCACAAAUAUAAAAUGCUGUCUGUUAUUAAAAAGACAAAGCAAAAGAAUGUCAGCAGUAUCCUUCAAGAGCUGGAGGAUUGUCCAGUUGAAGAUGAGAAAGAGGUCAUGAACCAGUGUAUAAUGGCAUAUUUGCCUUAUGUGUUAGAUGACCAAUGCACCCAUCGAGAUAUGAACAAAAAAUCAUUUUGGGACAUUGUUGAUGGCAAAAGCUUGGGGGAAGUUCAAGAGAUCAUUAACAAAAGUUUGUCUCCUAGACUCCUAUCAACAGGAACAUUAAGAAACAUUCAUUCAAUAAUGUUGGUGGCAGAGGGGAUGAUUGUGGCAAAGCUAAAAAUGGAAAAUAUUGUCAAUGCAGUAAUUAUUUUACUUAGUUCUUUUUAUACUUUUAAUGCUGAGUAUCCUAAAUGCAUUAAUGGACAUUUCAAAAAUGUAUUUAUUCUUUUAGAACAUUUGCCUUUAAAUUCGAAAUGCAAUUGUAAGGCUCAAUUGCCAACUUUUGUCGUUCAUUUUAUUUCUUCUAUGAAGUAGAAAACUUUUGUAGUGUUAAUUAAUGGCAUGUAGUAGAGAUUUUAAGUAUUCUGUGUUUGCAAAAAAUGUGC